UCCGUCUCAUAUAUAUUCAGCAUAAUCCAUUGAGUCGCGACGCUGACCGGUGCGAGCGUGGUCUGCCGCCUGAUCUUCCAGAGAUCCCGAUUGUUUAGUUUUUUAUGGGAAUACGAGUACUUAACGAAAAAUAAACCAUUUAAAAGUGCUAGAGACCGCAAUGUGUCACCAUCUUCAUCAGCAUAAUCGCUCACCAGAUCCCAACUCCGUUCCAAGGGUAUAAAUAGAGGAGCGCUGCGUAGAUCGUGGCCAGAACCGGGUUAGAAACGCACACAGGAAGAACCACCAUGAGAAUACGAGCUCCCUUCUGGAUGAUCCUCACGCUGCUGAUUGCCAGCUGUGUGGACUGGAGCAGUGCUCUGUUUCUGAAGGGUUGGAAGAAGUCCAAGGGCUAUGGAGGAGGGUAUGGCUACAGCGGCUAUGGCAACUCUGGUUAUGGAAAUUACGGGAGCUAUGGCAACUAUGCUGGUGGCUAUGGCUAUGGCUAUCCAUCGUAUCAGUCAUACGAAGGCGGUUAUAGGGGCGGCAGACGACCCAACUCUGGCCAACGCAAGGGACGCACCUACUCGGAAAUCGCACGAGUCCUGAAGCCCGACGGCUACGUGGGUCUCGGUGGCAGUCGCUUCCUGCCCCGCACACCAUUCUCAGUCUUCUGGGGCUGAGCAUUAACUA